UUUCACAACAAGAAAUCAUGGCACUUUUCAAAAAGCUUUGUCUUCGAAAUUUUUGCCUUUUAAAGUCAGUUAAUGGCGUGAAAUUAAAUAUUUCUUCCUCUUACAAGAUUGCAAUAGCAUUAGAAAAUAUCAAUCCAAACAGCAAGUUGACCCUCACGACCCCUGCAAAGGUGAGCGCGACUUUUUUGUUGUGUUUUCACAAGGCUUAUGUAACGCCGGGCGCGAAAUUCGCCAGGAAUUGUUCAAUCAGCAAGGGAGACAAGGUGAGAGAGGAAAUAAGGCGGCCCAAGCCCAGCAGAGCUCAAAUAUUUCAUCAGUCUCCAUCCUCCAGUCUAAAACUCAAGUCAGAGGCAUCACGUCUUAGCAGAUUUGAUUGAAAGAGAGUGUGCAUAAAUUGACAAUCUGCAAAGGUCAAGGAAGGAGAAAAAGGCGCCAAAGAACAAGGGAGAACUAAUUCCUGAGCUAACAAAGGUAAUUAUGUUGCCUCUCCUCUGAACUUUUUACUAUUUUUUAUGUAGGAAUUUACAUUUUGUUGAGCAUAAGAACAUUCAAAUUGUGCAUUUUUUCUGCAGAACAGCAUAAAAAAUGCGGCUCAUAAGUGCCAAAAAAAAAUCAGAAUUAGGCUCCGGUAAACAAAUUAAUUACCGACUAAACGCAAAAAUCGUCCUUUACCAAACUAAUUAUGUACACAAAAAGCCUAAUUAUUAAAUUUACGAUAUUGAUUAUUAAGGCCUUUUUAACAAGAUUGACAUUUCACUUGAUUGGCACUGGCACUCUCAGAGAAUAACGUAAUAUUUGAUGCCUAAGAUGAAAUGUGAGGGCGAUUCUCUGUAUAGUGGUUGAUCAAAUGCUGCCGGUUGGAGUGGCUAUGGGUGGUGUUCGACAAGCAACAGGUCAGAGGACCUGGCUGCUUGAUCGUAGUAAUGCCAGGGACUUCGCUCUUGCUGCGGCCAUGGACUCGUGAACAGGUCCGUCCAAGGUUGUCUACCCAGUCAUCUUCUAGUGCGCAGUUAAGGGUGCAUUUAUAUCUAUAGAAAAUGGAAUAUUUAAUAAUUGCAACAACGAAUUUCACCUAAAGUUCGACAAUUCUUUUGUCUAACAUUAGGGAAAUUGGUUCCUUGGACAAAUUGCACAGCUUUUUAUUUUAAGUUAGGAACAACAACAAGAAGAAUAAAAAAUGAAAGCUACACAAAGCGAUGGAAUAUCAGGAAAACAAUCAACACGACGGCAGCGAAGCUCUCCUGAAAAUGGUCACCCUGCUGAAGCAAGCCAAGGCUCCAGGCUUAUACGCGAUUGUACAAGUGUAUCUGCCACUUUGUUCUGGUUGCAGCAAACCCCUCAAAGACACCAGUAUUGAAAGAUUUGUAACUUUGGUUACUGCUGAGAGGGGCAUGGAAGUAAGUCAGCUUCUAGAAAAAGCCCUCAUAUCUGGCCCCUACGAGAUAUGCUGCAAGUCUUCAGUUAAAGACGUCAUGAUCAGCAAAACCAAGUUUAUCUAUGUUCAAAUCAUUAGGGCGAUGGAGAAGGGUGAGAAAAUUGACGUUCCAGUUGUUCUGACCCCAUUAAUACACUUUGAAACAGAGGAAAGCGUCGAUAAGAUCGGCUUGGCUGAAAAUAGGAACAUGGUGGGUUACGAAUUAGUGAGCAUUCUAUGCCAUGUUGGAAAUAAAACCACGCAGGGGCACUUCUUUGUCCUGCAGUGGGUUGACGAUGCAAAAAAGUGGCUCAAGCUUGAUGACUUGUCUGUUACUGAGGUCGAGCCUGAAACUUUAACUAGGAAGGCUCGCAUUGAAGCUUGCUUUCUGGUUUACAGAAAGAAGCUGAUUGAGACUGAGGACAAAACCGGGCCCGCGCUGAAGUACACCGAGCCAAUCAACUGUGAAAAGUGCAUAAGAUACCAGAAAAAACAAGAGGAAUUAGAACUUGAAAUCCACGAGUUGAGUGAAAAAAUUCAGAGGUUAACGCUGGAUUGAAGACUAAAUACGGAAUGUUUUCCUCUAAUUGCAAUGCAAAAUUAAUUUUCAUCUGAUAAAAAAUAAUUGCUUAAAUUUGUCCAAUUUUUCCAAUUUAAAAAUAGUCAAUAAAUAAUUAAAAUUAUUUCAGAUCAGGAUUUAAUUGAGAUUAAUUUCAUAUC